AUGGCCCCUCCCAAGGUCUUUUCCCUCGAGGGCAAAGUUCUCAAGCUCAACAGCGCAGAGGACAUUAAUGCACACAUCCAGCCCUUGAUUGACAACACCGACUACACUGAGAUCCGCCUCGGUGGAAAUACCCUAGGCAUUGGCGCCUGUGAACGCCUGGCCGAAGUCCUGAAGACCCAGAAGAGCCUCGAAGCCGCCUACCUCGACGACAUCUUCACCGGUCGUCUCCUUUCCGAAAUCCCCACUGCUUUGUCUGCCCUCCUGAGCGCCAUUCUCAAGCUCCCGACUGUCCACACCGUGAACCUCAAUGACAAUGCUUUCGGUCUCAACACCCAGGCCCCGCUUGUCGAAUUCCUCUCGCGCCACGUGCCCCUCCGCCACCUCAUCCUGAACAACAAUGGACUUGGUCCCAAUGCUGGAACUUACGUCGCCGACGCUCUGUCAAAGUUGGCUGAACGCAAGGAGGAAGCUCGCAACUGUGGUGAGGAGGUUGCCCUGUUGGAGAGCGUUGUCUGCGGACGUAACCGCUUGGAGAACGGCAGCAUGGAGGCAUGGGCUCGCGCCUACAAAGCCCAUGCAGCGGGCCUGAAGUCGGUUAAGAUGACACAGAACGGCAUCCGGGCCGAGGGUAUCUCCCACCUGUUGACCCAGGGUCUCUACCACGCCAAUGCCCUUGAAGUUCUGGAUCUGCAGGAUAACACUUUCACUGCCGUGGGCUCCACCGCUCUGGCAAACGCCUUGUCCGGCUGGCCCUCUCUGCGUGAGCUUGGUGUCGGCGACUGCUUGCUCUCCGCCCGUGGUGGUGUGAAGGUUGCCCAGGCUUUGGCUGCGAACAAAAACCAGAAGCUCCAAACUCUGCGUCUGCAAUACAACGAGAUGAAGGCGGAAUCUGUCAAGGGUUUCACUCACGCAGCUAAGACUGCACUCCCCAGCCUGCGUCGUGUUGAGCUGAAUGGAAACAUCUUCUCUGAGGAGGAUCCUAACAUCGCUGAUCUGCGUGAGCUCUUGGAGGCUCGUCAGGAGGAACACGGUACCGAUGAGGACCCAGAGGACACUUGGGGUCUUGACGACUUGGACGAGCUCGAGGAGGAAGACUCGGAAGACGAAGAAGAGGAGGAAGAGGAGGAGGAGGAUGAAGAUGACGAAGAUGCCAAGGCUGAGAAGGCCCUCCGGGAUGCCGACCAUGCCGAGGAGGAGAAGGUCGCCCAGAGGGACGACAAGGACGUCGAUGACCUGGCCGAUGUGCUGGGCAAGACUGCCAUCUAA